ACGCACAUGCGCGCAUAUGCAACGCUGAAAAGGCCUUUUCGUCGUCCGGCGUGGAGAGAGACGCAGUGAGACUCAAGAUGCAGCUGUUCGUACGCGCCCAGAAUACCCACACCCUUCACCUGACUGGCCAGGAGACAGUCGGGGAUAUCAAGGCUCAUGUCCAGGCUUUGGAGGGACUGGCAGUGGAGGAUCAGGUGCUGCUGCUGGCUGGUACACCCCUGGAAGAUGGUGCUGUCCUGGAACAGUGCGAUGUCUCUGAGAACUGCACUCUGGAAGUGACUGCCAGGCUCCUGGGAGGUAAGGUCCACGGAUCUCUGGCUCGUGCUGGAAAAGUACGGGGACAGACACCCAAGGUGGACAAACAGGAGAAGAAGAAGAAGAAGACUGGCCGUGCCAAGCGCCGCAUUCAGUACAACCGCCGCUUCGUCAACGUGGUGCCCACAUUCGGCAAGAAGAAGGGCCCCAACGCCAACUCCUAAACCUCCAUAACCCCCUGACCCCCAGCUGAGCGAAGGGCCAGAGAGCACGUGCAAGCUUCUAGUGUGCUUUCCAGGGCCAAUAGAGGGAAAAAAAACCUAACCUCUGGCACCAAAUAUGGAUUGUGCUGAUCUAAACAUGGUGUCUUGCUUCAUGAUUUCAUCGGGAUUCUUUCACAGUUGUGAAGUUUGAUUUGAGGAUGUGAGUGUGAUCACAAAAUCAGAUCUGUACUGUAUGUUUGCAAGAAUCAAAAUAAAGUACACCUGUUAAAGCAGA